ACAUUAUUUGAAGCAAGACCUCUGUCUUUAUCUAUCAAUAUAGUGUAAUAUUUAAAAUGUGGGCUCUAGCCACAAUUCUAGUCGCUUUGACAUACUCACUUCUAUCAACGCAUACUCUAAGUAUACACGCUGAACAUAAGCACGCAGACAGUACAGCACGGAUCGUAGAAGAAGUCCCAACAGCGAGUCAAUCAGUGUGUAAUACAACAAGAUGCAUCGAUGAUGCAGCAGCGUUGAAAAAUAAAUUAAACGAGAACGUGGACCCAUGCGACAAUUUCUAUGAAUUCGCUUGUGGAAAUUUCGUGAAAAACACAGAACCCGACAAUGGAUGGCUUGACCCGUUUGCUAUUUUAAGCAAAAGUUUACAAAAAAAUUUAUUUGAAAUGUUGCGCGGAGAAACACAACCGGAUGAGUUAAGGGCAAUCCGUUUGGCCAAAAAUUUCUUUUCGUCGUGUUUUUCCACAACUGCGAUCGAUUAUCGUGGCCUUAAACCUUUGACUGAUAUUUUAGACGAGCUGGGUGGUUGGCCCAUUCUAGAAGGCGAUUCGUGGUCAGAAGUUGAUUUUAAUUGGGUAGACCUAUUAAAACAAUUGAAGGGUAUGGGACUCAACACAAACAUGGUAUUCAGUUUAAGUGUCGAUAGGGACCUCAAAAAUUCAUCGAAAAACGUUUUAUAUAUUGAUCAAACAGACUUCGACUUGGAGCGUCCGUAUUUAAUCAACGGUUUCAGUGAUGAAGAUGUCAGACAUUUUCACAAAACAAUGAUCGAUACUGCCGUCGCCCUUAAAGCAAAUCCAGAACGUGCAGCAGAAGAAAUGAAAAGUGCUCUAGAGUUCGAAAUUGAGCUGGCUAAGAUAUCAUUCUCAAGCGCAGAGCUUCGCAAUGUCUCAGCUUACUAUCAUCCAUAUGCAAUAAAAGAUCUACAAGAACUGUAUCCGUAUCUGGAUUGGUUGGAUUUCAUCAACGCAUUCAUGCCGACCGAUCAAAAAGUGAACGAAAAUGAAAUUGUUAUCAAUUCGGUGCCAACGUUCUUCGAACAGCUGGGGAAACUGUUGAAUUCAACAUCAAGACGAACUGUAGCCAAUUAUAUGAUAUGGAGAACUGUGCACAGUGUAGCCGAAGCACUACCAUAUCAUUUCCGUAGGAUUCAAUGGGAUUCGAGUGCGGAAGUUAUUACCUGGAGAAUAUGCAUUAAAAAGACAUCAGCAGAAUUUCCUGUACCAAUGAGCAUUUUAUACGGUCGUAGAUUUUUUGAUAAGGAACUUCAAAAAUCAUAUCUAAACUUUGUAAACGAAAUUCAGAAUGAGUUAAUUGACACAAUGGAACGAACACCAUGGUUGGACGAAAAAACUCGACAAUCAGCUGUAAGAAAGGCGAAAAUGAUGCAAACUUACAUCGAUAUCCCAAAUGAAACGGACGAUAAAGCAAAACUUGACAAAUAUUACGAACGUCUGGACGUUGAACCAUAUGAUAUGUUCACUAAUUUGCUUCGACUGCAAAAAUUUGCAACAGAUCGGAGUUUCAGUGAUUUACGUAGGCCCGUAGAGAAAUUGAAUUGGGACUCGUUAAUAAUAUUGGACUUAGCUUCUGUUGAUGCUGCUAAUCGACUCGCUGAAAAUACCAUUCAAUUUCCCCUUACGCUAUUUAAGAGACACUUUUCUCUCGAAAGACCACAAUACCUAAAUUAUGGUCAUAUGGGAAGUUUGAUUGCACAUGAAAUGUUUCACAGUUUUGACGACGAAGGUCGACAAUAUGAUUUUGACGGGAAUUUAGUGGAUUGGUGGAAUUCAACGACGAAAAGCAAUUUUUUGGAUAGAGUACAAUGCAUUAUCGAUCAGUAUGGCAAUUAUACGGACCGGCAAACAAAUCUGACGUUGAAUGGUGAAGUCAUGCAAGGUGAGAAUAUUGCUGAUAAUGGUGGUACCAAAUUAUCGUAUAGAGCUUACCAAAAUUGGAUGAAACGCAAUGGACCGGAAAAUUUGCUGCCAGAACUGAAAUACAAUCAGCAACAACUAUUUUGGAUUUCAUAUGCCCAAUCAUGGUGUUCAGUGUAUGAAGAUUACUCUCUGAAAUCAUUGAUUUUGACUGACAGUCAUGCGCCAGGGGAAACUCGAGUCAAUGGAGUCGUUAGUAAUAUGCCUCCGGACACAUUUGCCAACGAUUUCAAAUGCUCUGUAGACACACCAAUGAAUCCAGAGAUGAAAUGUACUGUUUGGUAAUCGAAGCGCCAAUGAACUAAGGACGGGUGAUCCUUAAUAAUAAAUUUAUUUUAAUUAUUCACAUUACCACUUGUACGCAUUCUCAAUAUUUGACCGAUUUUAAGAAAUAAACAAUUUCAC